AUGACUCAUGCAAGAGCGAAUGGUAGAGCCAGCAGGCCUUGUCUCUCGGAGGUCACGUGUGAGCCCUGUCAACGAUCAAAAGUUCAGCGCCAUACUAAAGCUACAUUAGGAACAUUUAGCUUGCCCGAUUCUCGUUUUCAACAAAUACAUAUCGACAUUGUUGGUCCUUUACCUCCAUCCAAUGGUUUUCUUUUGGGAAUCCGCACUGCGGUCAAAGAAGACAUCAAAGCUUCUUGUGCUGAACUGGUGUACGGAACAACUCUACAACUUCCCAGUGAUAUGAUAGAAACAUCCAUCAUUCCACCUUGUGAUAACAUAUUUGCCGAUCACCUUCGAAAUACGAUGCGUGAAUUGAAUCCUGUAGCGACAUCUGCACAUGGUGAAACAAAGUUUUAUGUAAAACCAUCUUUAAAAACUUGCUCGCAUGUAUUUUUAAGGACUGACAGUGUGAAACCUCCUUUGUGCCAACCCUACACAGGUCCUCACAAAUACUCGCAAUACCAGAAAAAAGGAGCACACGAUGUGCUGAAAGUUACAGUUUGCAAGAGAAUCAAUAGAUCUGUUGGAGUUGAUCGCCAAACAGUUCUUUGA